AUGUAUAGGCCUAAAAAAUUGAAGCAAUUUUAUAAUAUACCAGCUUUGUUUCUUAUUUUAUCAACAUUGUUUUCUGUUUCUCAUGGUAGACAAAAUGAGAAUGUUGAUUUGCAAUCCGAUGGAAUUAUGAGGUUGGUGAAGCGAAAAAUGGAAGAAACUGAAUCAAGAAAUUCGUCUAUUAUAUUAGCUAAGGAAGAGACAGAGAGGCCUGAUCCUUUGAAUAAAUUUAAAGAUUACAAAGGAGGAUGGGAUAUAACAAGCAAACAUUACCUUGCUUCUGUUGGUUAUAGUUCAGCUCCUUUCGCCCUCAUGGCUAUAGUCUGGUUUAUGUUGUUCGGUAUUUUUCUACUUUGUGCUUGCAUCUGUUGCUGCUGUUGCCACCGCAACAAGCCCUACGGUUAUUCUCGACUUGCUUAUGCAUGUUCUCUCAUCUUUCUCAUACUUUUCACCAUUGCUGCUGUUGCUGGAUGUGCUUUAAUGUUCACUGGAGAAGGAAAGUUUCUGGCCAGUGUAAAUGAUGUUUCACAUUACAUUGUGACUCAAGGAUUAAGCAUCUACGAUAAUAUUAUAGGCAUACAAAAUUUUCUUAUAUCUGCCAAGAAUGUUGUUCUGAACAAUAAGUUUGUACCCGAUGAUCUUAAAGGCGAGGUUGACAAGGCCAACAAGUUAAUCGACUCCGUAGGAAGCCUUCCUCGUAUCAAAUCGCAAGACAUCACAGAUGAAAUAAGAAAGUUACUCAAACAAAUCAACAGUGCUCUUAUCACUAUUACUGUUUUCAUGCUCCUCUUGGAAUUUCUUGGAUUCUUAUCAGAUACAUGCAUUGCAAUGGACGAAUGGAUUCAAGACCCGAUGGCCGAUUCAGCAAUGGGGGAAGUUCUCCCUUGUUUUGACAUGGCAUUCGGCGAAGAGAUCAAGGAAGCAGGGAAAGGAGUAACCACAAAUGUUAACGAUUUACUGAACCAAUUCAUUACCGUUUUAGCCAACAACAAUACCGCAAACAAUCAAUCCGGUCCAUUAGUGCCUUUAAUCUGCGACCCAUACAAACAUGGCGACUCUCAGGAGAGUUGCGGUGAUGAAGUUCCCUUGAAAAAUGCAACAGAGGAGUGGGAGAAAUAUGUAUGUCAAGUUUCAGAAGAUGGUGAUUGCACCACACCAGGCCGUCUAACACCAGACAUGUAUACUGAGAUGAUUAAAGCAGUGAAUAUAAGCAACGGGUUAUAUGACUAUAAUCCCUUCAUUGCUGGUGUUGCUGACUGCAGCAUAAUCCAAGACACUUUGAGAAAUAUAACCACAAACCAUUGUCCAGGUCUGAAGAAAUACAGCGAAUGGGUUUACUGUGGCUUAGUCGCCGCCACUGGUUCUGUGAUGUUUUCGUUGUUCUUUUGGGUGUUAUACGCUAGAGAAAGGCGGCAUCGGAAGUAUACGAAAAGGAUCAAUAAAGGAUACGAUGAGUCGCCUCUUGUUGGAGGGAAGAAGCUGUAA